AUGUUUCCAUUUGAGAACUACUAUGGUCUGAGGAGCAUUUCAAAUCGAAAUGCUUUGUUUCAUGAACCAACUUGCAUGAAGAAGAAGGAAACGGACGGUGGAGAUCAUUCGAGCUCGAGUUCAGGAUCAAUGAUCACGAGAAAAAAAUCAGAGCAAGCGUCCAUGAAACACGCCGUAGCAGAGCGCAUCCGCAGAAACCGAAUCAACACCCACAUCCAAACACUCCGCCAACUCCUCAUCCCCGACAUCGCUACCAAAACGGUGAAGGCGACGGUACUGACGGAGGCGGUGCGUCAGAUGAGGGAGCUGAGUAAGAGGGCGGCGGAGGUGGCGGAGGGUGGCGGCGACACCGGGACAUGGUCGUUUCUGUUUCCCGGCGAGAGUGACGAGGCGACGGUUAGUUACAGUGAGGAGGGGGGCGAGGGUAGGAUGGUAAAAGUGACGGUGUGCUGCAAGGACAGGCCGGGUCUGAACCGGGAAUUGACGGAAGCGAUCCGGUCGGUCGGGGGUAAGGCGGUGAGGGCGGAGAUGGCGACGAUAGGGGGGCGGACGAAGGCGGAGGUGGUGGUGCAGUGGCGGGAUGGUGGCGGUGAUGGGGAGGAAAGUGCUGAGUCGUUGAAAAGGGCUUUGAAGGCGGUGGUGGAGAAUCAGGCUUUGGGCUGUGCGGGCUUGGGCCAAGGGUUGUCAGUUAAUGGGCCUGUUGGGUUGGGUCAUGAUUUUAGGGUUAGUAAGAGGGUUCGGAUUGUGGGUUCAAGCGAUAGUGGGUGGGUUGAUGGGUUUCUCUACUAA